AAUUAAUUCCUGGCCCUGAAUUAAUAUAAGCUAAGCAAUAAAAUAAUUUUAUUUAGUUGUAUUAAUUAAAGAUGGCGGUGUGGGGUGCCCUAUUUUUAUUGGCUGUAGCUGGGACCACGGUGUACGCCGAUCCCAGUGAGCUCGCUUUCCCUGAAGAGGCAAGAGGGGGAGCUCGUAUCGUAUCAGGAUGGGAGGCACAGAAGGGCCAGUUCCCUCACCAGCUUAGCAUCCGUAUGGUGAACCCAUCUGGAGGAGUGACUUCAUGCGGUGCCUCAAUCAUCCAUUCGGAAUGGGCUGUUACUGCUGCUCACUGCACAGCUACCCGUGUGACCAUUGUUGUUCGUGUUGGUACCGUCAACUUGACUGAGCCGGCUCUCAUCUUCGAGACCACCAAGUACUACAACCAUCCCUUGUACAUCGAAGCUCUUCAGUCUAUUGUACAGCCCAAUGACAUCGGUCUUAUCGAGUUCGGCAGAAAGAUAGAAUUCAACGAUGUUAUCAAGCCCAUCAGAAUCCAACGCUCUUCCGAGAGGAACACCAACUACGGUGGCACCCGUGCUAUCGCCAGCGGUUGGGGACGCACCUGGACUAACGGCAACUCUCCCGAAAACCUAAACUGGGUCUACCUGUCCAUCGUCACUAACUUCGAUUGCUUGGUAGCCUUCGGAGGCAGCUUCAUCAUCCAGGACUCUACUAUCUGCGCCAGCGGUUACAAUGUUACUAGCCAGUCCACUUGCCAGGGUGACAGCGGUGGUCCAUUGACGAUCAUUGAUGACGAUGGUCAACCCACCUUAGUCGGAGUUGCUUCCUUCGUAUCCAGCAGUGGAUGCCAUACUGACUUCCCAGCUGGUUUCAUCCGUCCUGGUCACUACCACUCCUGGUUCACUCAGGUUAGUGGCAUCGACUUUGACUGGGACUGGUCAAAUGUUACCACAACCGAGCCACCAUUCAACGUUACCACCACCGAGCCACCAUUCAACGUUACCACAACCGAGCCACCAUUCAACGUUACCACCACCGAGCCACCAAUUAACGUCACCACCACCGAGCCACCAUUUAACGUUACCACCACCGAACCACCAUUUAACGUCACUACCACCGAGCCACCAUUUAACGUCACCACCACCGAGCCACCAUUUAACGUCACCACCACCACUACUGAACUACCACCCGAUGUGACCUUUACCGAGCCACCAUCCAACGAGACCACAACUACUGCCGCUCCUGACUCUUCAGAAUCCUCGGAAUCUUCGGAAUCUUCGGAAUCGUCUGAAUCUAGUUCGUCAAGCUCUAGUUCUUCUUCCAGUUCUUCUUCCAGCUCAUCUUCCAGCUCAUCCUCUAGCUCUUCAUCAUCUUCUUCCUCUAGUUCAUCCAGCUCUUCAAGCUCAUCAUCUUCCUCUGAAUCCAGUUCCUCGUCUGAAUCUUCAGAUUAAACUACCAGACUGUCUAUUUCAAUUCAAGUCAAUACCAUCACACCUACUUAAUGGAAGAUUAGCUAAAAAUAAAUAAUGUAAACGUUAUCUGUUAUCCAAUAAAUGUUGUAACGUGAUUUUCUUU